CAAACAUGGCCCCCUCCUACUGGGUGUGAGUAACGCCAGAUGAUAGGGGAAAAUAAUUGUUGAAAGGUCGGGUGUCUGUGAAGAAGACCAACAGUUAAUGUCCUACACUUAUUUGAUGUAACCAUUUGGGCUGAAAGGAGAGUGGCAGACUGAUGAUGUGUGAACAAGAGAGGAACUGACCGGCUGUCUUGUUACCACACCCAUUUGGAAAACGCUCUCCACCCGCUUUCCUUUCCCCUCCAUCCAUCCUUCCUUUCCUCCCUCCGCCCCUUCUUCUCUGUCCAGCGCAGUCAUGCAGACCAACCCAGUGCUGGUGGAGUCUGCCGUGGUGUUUUCCAUGGUGCUGUGCGUCCACACAGCCCUGUGGAACCAGCACUCCUGGUGCUGUGUGGCCCUGGUCAUCCAGGCCUUCUACGUCCAGCACAAGUGGGACCGCCUGCUCAAGAACGGGGGCGCCGUCUUCCAGUUCCGCCCGUCCGCCAACAGCGGCAUCGUGCCGGCCUGCAUGGUGAUGCCCUUGCUGGGGCUGGUGCUGAAGGAGAGGUGCGCCGCCUCCGGGAACGUCUACUUUGAGCGCUUCUCCAUGGUGGUGACCGUCACGGGCAUGAUGCUGGCGCUCUUCCUGUCUCUCAUAGCGCUGGGGAUCACGCGGCCGGUGCCGACCAACACCUGUGUGAUCGCGGGCGUGGCGAGCAGCGCCAUCCUCUACACCACCAAGCAGACCCUGACGGUGUCCGAGGUCAUCGAGGUGCUGGAGGUCCUGCUGAUCUUCGUGUACCUCAGCCUGAUCGUCCUGUACCUGCUGCCGCGGUGCUUCACGCCAGGCGAGGCCCUGCUCAUCAUGGGCGGCAUCAGCUUCAUCAUCAACCAGCUGAUCAAGCGCUCGCUCAACCUGGCCGAGGCCAAGGGCGACCCGGUGAACUACUUCCUGCCUGUGGUGGUGGUGGGGUCGCUGCUGCUGGGGGUGUUCUUCGCCCUGCUCUUCUGCUUCAUGGAGUCGGAGACCUGGGUGUCGUCUCUCUUCUUUCACAUGAUGACGGCCGUGCUGGCCCUGGGGAUCCUCAUGCCCUGGCUCUCGCUGCUCAUCCGCAGACAUCCCAUAAUGUGGUUGCUGGACUUUGUCACGUUCAACGACAAGAGACUCUGCCUGCUGGUGUACUGGGCCUUCCUAGGGGUUGUGGCCACGUGCGUGGUGCUCCACCAGAACUACCAGCGCACUUCGGGCUCCAAGAAGCACCAGGCGUCCACCGUGGUGCGGAAGUAUUUCCACCUCAUAGUGGUGGCGACGUUUGUCCCCGGGCUGGUGUACGAUCGCCAGCUGCUCCACGUGGCGUCCGUGGGCUGCCUGGGGGCCUUCCUCUUGCUGGAGUAUGUGAGGUACUUCCGUAUCCGUCCCCUCGGCCAACCCCUCAGGCAACUGCUCACCUUGUUUCUGGACGAGCGUGACUCCGGGCCCCUCAUCCUCACUCACGUCUACCUGCUGGUGGGGAUGUCCCUGCCCAUCUGGCUGUUCCCGGGGCCCUGCUCCCCCAAGGGGAUCCUCCCCGGGACCGGAGGCCUGGUGCCCUACGCUGGGGUGCUGGCGGUGGGCGUGGGGGAUACGGUGGCCUCUGUGUUCGGCAGCACCAUGGGGGAGAUCCGCUGGCCCGGCACCAAGAAAACCAUGGAGGGCACGGCCACCUCCGUGUUCGCCCAGAUCAUCGCCGUGGCGAUGUUCCUAAUCUUUGAUGGGACCAUCAACCUGAACUCCAGCUACUCCUGGAUUGUGGGCUCCAUCACUCUGGUGGCCAUGCUGGAGGCCUACACCUCCCAGAUAGACAACCUGCUCCUCCCCCUCUACCUCUUCAUCCUCCUCCUGCUCUGACCUGGCCAAUCAGAGCACACUAAGCCACACUGGUGGCCUAUCGGAGGCCAGCAGGGGUGGGAAGGUGAGGGGUCAGAGUGGAAGUGUGACAAAUACCAAUACAGGGAAGCAGCUUUAGUUCCAAGAACCCUGCAGGAGAUCAGGACAUCAUUCAACAUGGGGGGGGGGGGGGGGGGGGGCGCGCGCGCGCUAUGUUGUGUAGAAGUGAAGGUAUGAUAUCAUUGGUAUUAAUGCUGCAAAGAUAAUCUUAACAUUUACUUGACUGUGUGGAAAAAAUCACCAUGGCUGUCACAUGAUAAGGCUUAACUAUCUGAGAUCUGAUAGCUGAGCUUUGGUCAUCUUUAGCUUGCAUAAAUGAAUGAUGAGAAGUAACUCAUAUGGUUGGCUGGUAGCCACUCCAAUGUCCCUUUUUACUCUACUGUUCUGCAGAGGUACUGUAAGCAUGACAGUAGAACCGGUUAGAUUCAGAUACUAGCUAUGUUUCAAUGUCUACACUACUUUUUUUAUUUAUUAUUCCCAGUAUCCUGAGUAAGGAUGCAGGAAGGGAGGGUGUGUGAGAGAGAAAGAGAACGGGAUACACAAAUGAGUUUUUUGCAUUGUACACAGCUUUGUGUUGUAGUGGAAGGUACCGAUACACUGAACCAUGGGAACUAUCCCCCCCUCUUGAACCCCAUAAUCAGUCACAGGAGUUUGGGAUGAACAGACACUGCUGAAGGAUAUGUUUCUAUAAUGUGUGUGAUUUGUUUUGUUAUUUAAAAUCUUUUUUUUUUUUGGCUUAAUGAAGAAGGCCUACAACUUGGUACAGCCUUUUGAAGAACAUGAUCAUUUAAGCAAGCUUGUUGAGUCAGAUGGAAGUAAUAUAUUGUAUUUUGCCUUUUCUUGUUGUGGCAAUAUAUUAAAGACUGACUGCUGGACUUGUAUUUGCCUUAAAGAUGUAUAUUUUGUAUUAGUCAUUACCUAGUACUGUGGAUAGUGUAGGAUAGGACAGCUGAAAGCAUGGUUGGUUUUCAGAAGGUGAACUCUGUGGGCGGGUCCAUACUUCCGUAUGACAAUACUCUUAAGCAUGACUUUAUAAUGUGAAAUCCUGUACUUGUAUACAAAAAAUACCCUACAGUAUAUUUUUUGUUGAACUGAAAUCUUUUUAGGUCUACUCUUUGGUCAUUGUGGCCUCUCAUUGAUAACAUACAUUUUCUUGAUUCUUAUGCUUACUUAUUUUUAUAUGAAAAGAAUAAACAGGGCCUCCCGAUUGGUUUUGAAUUGGAUUUUGACCCAAUAACAUGUCUAUUUUCCCUGUGUUUUAGGCUUUAAUGUAAAACGUAUUUAUCAUUACCACAUUAACUAAAUUAACUUGACUAGGCUAAUACUGAAAUGAGCUCUAACAUUAAAUGUAACACUUAGAGCUAAUCUGGGGACACCACUCCUCCAUCACUGCAGUUAUGGCAAGACAUUUCACUGGAAUCUCAAGCCCUCCUCGCAGUGCAUUCUUGGGAAUGUUUAAAACAAUGUAUGUUGUUACAAUUUUUCAAUGUUUAUUAUUCAGCAUGGAAACAAUACAGUAUUUGAUUUCUGUAAUUGAAUUAAGUGGUACUUUUUCAAAUACAAACUGCUAAUUUCUGAUAUUUUGUUCAAAGUAUGAUUUUUUAAUCACUGCUUUUGACUGUCUGGAAACACUGGUAUUGCAUGGUAGAUAAGCAUCAAUAAAGUCCUCU